UUGGAUCAUCAUUCCAUUUCGUUGUGUAGUGGUGUGCAUGUGAGGUUGUGUUCCUUACCAGGUUUCACAACCCACUUAAAAAAAGUGAAAUAAUUCUUAGAAAAAAACAAAAAAAAGUUAAAAAUCCUUAAGGAAAAAAGCCCAAAAAAAAUCGAAAAAACCUGUGAAAACGGAAAAUAACAAAUGCUAUCUAACCUAUUUUCUGUUUCAUAUGUUUAAUUCCCCAUUAAAAAGUGUAACUGUGUAAGUGUCGCAAAUAUGAAUCAAGCUCCUAACUAUCCCAUGGCGUCUCUGUACGUCGGGGAUUUGCACUCAGAUAUUACUGAGGCACAGCUUUUCGAGAAAUUUUCGGGCGCUGGUCCCGUUCUCUCGAUCCGCGUGUGCAGAGAUCUCAUCACUAGAAGAUCUUUGGGUUACGCUUAUGUGAACUUUCAACAACCAGCAGAUGCCGAACGUGCAUUGGAUACAAUGAAUUUUGAUACGAUCAAGAAUCGUCCAAUCCGUAUCAUGUGGUCCCAACGUGAUCCAUCUCUACGUAAAUCUGGAGUUGGAAAUGUAUUCAUCAAGAAUUUGGAUAAAUCCAUUGAUAAUAAGGCUAUGUAUGAUACAUUCUCAGCCUUUGGAAACAUUUUGAGUUGCAAGGUUGCUCAAGAUGAGACUGGCAACAGCAAGGGCUACGGCUUUGUUCAUUUUGAAACUGAGGAAGCAGCUAACAAGUCAAUUGAAAAGGUCAAUGGCAUGUUGCUUAAUGCCAGGAAGGUAUACGUUGGUAGAUUCAUUCCACGUAAAGAACGCGAAAAGGAAUUGGGAGAGAAAGCUAAGCUGUUCACUAAUGUGUACAUUAAGAACUUUGGUGAAGAUUUAAGUGAUGACCAAUUGAAGAAAAUGUUUGAAAAGUUUGGUCACAUUACAAGCUACAAAAUCAUGAAUAAAGAAGAUGGUAAAUCAAAGGGAUUCGGUUUUGUUGCAUUUGAAGAAUCCGGUGCUGCCGAGGCCGCCGUCAAUGAGUUGAAUGGAAAGGAAAUUGUUGAAGGUAAACCAAUGUACGUUGGACGUGCCCAGAAGAGGGCUGAACGUCAGCUCGAACUUAAGCGUAGAUUUGAGCAGCUCAAAAUUGAGCGUAUGAACCGCUACCAAGGCGUUAACUUGUAUGUUAAGAAUUUGGAUGACACCAUUGAUGAUGAAAGAUUGAGGAAGGAAUUUUCGCUCUUUGGUACAAUUACGUCUGCUAAGGUAAUGAUGGACGAAGGUCGUAGCAAGGGUUUCGGUUUUGUUUGUUUCUCCUCUCCGGAAGAAGCGACCAAAGCUGUUACUGAAAUGAACGGCCGCAUCGUGGGUUCGAAGCCGCUGUACGUUGCUUUGGCCCAGCGUAAAGAAGAUCGCAAAGCCCAUUUGACGUCGCAAUACAUGCAACGUUUGGCAAAUAUCAGAAUGCAACAAAUGGGAUCUUACAUUCAACCAGGGGCACCGCCAAACUAUUACAUGCCUACGUUGACUGCUCAACCCCAGAGGUAUAUCGGCACGACCACCACUCACAUACCGCCGAUGCGUUCCAAUCCAAGAUGGCCCCAGAAUCCCGCGCGUCCAUCACAAGGAGGAGCCAAUGCCUAUGCUGGUAUGCAAGGUACUUUCAGGGCGACUAGGCCAACAAACCAAUCUGGAACUAUGCGUGGUAAUAUGAGUGUUGCAAGACCUAUAACUGGCCAACAUCAAUCUAAUAUACAAGUUCGGCCACUUACAGGACAAAACGUUGUACCAAAUACCGCCAGGCCAGCAAACUACAAAUACACAUCCAACAUGAGAAAUCCACCACAGAGUCUUAAUAUGCAAGGUGCAGCUCCUGUUCAACAACAGGCAGUACAUAUUCAAGGGCAGGAACCGUUGACCGCCUCCAUGUUGGCUGAAGCCUUGCCACCAGACCAGAAGCAAAUGCUUGGAGAACGCUUGUUCCCACUUAUUCAUCGUAUGUACCCAGAUCUUGCUGGUAAGAUAACUGGUAUGUUGUUGGAAAUUGAUAACUCAGAAUUGCUCCAUAUGCUGGAACAUAACGAGUCGUUGAAAUCAAAAGUUGAAGAGGCUGUUGCCGUGCUCCAAGCCCACCAGGCUAACAAGGCAAUCAAAAAGGAGUAAUUAUCUCCUACCUCAAUUGAUUUUUGUUUCAUCCUUAAAUUUGCUAGAUGUUACCCCAAUUUCCCACAUUCCCGUAUAGAGCAUAUUAUAUGUUGUAAUCCUCCUUCCAUUAUACACAGUUAUUCAGAAAUCAAUAAAAAAAAAAUUGUAAAAAAACAAUCAUAAAAAUAAAAUAAAAAUCGAAACAAGUAUAUGAAAACUAAAAAAAAACGUAAAGAGUAUAUGAAACUAUUUGAUAUCCCAAAUAUCAAGAGACAACUAAGUAAUGGAAAGUACCACUCUAGACCUAACCAUUUAGGAUAUCAAAUAGUAUAACAAAAAAAAAAAUGAAACUAGAUAUACAAUAUAAAAAGAAAACUAAGAAAAAAAAAGAAAAUCCGGGAUAUAAUGGUUGAUGCAAAUUCUAAAUCAUUUCUAACGUAUUAAUUAAUUAACCAACCAAAAUGGAAUUUUUCUGAGAGAUUUUCUCGUGUUUUUUUUUUAUUUUAUUAUUUCUCUUGAUUUUUAUUCAAUUCUAACAUAGCAAAAAAACGUUACAUACUUGUUUUGUGUAAUUUUUACUCGUAAUUACAAAUAUUUUUUCAUUUAAUUUCGUUUUUUUGUCUAAUUAUAUCCCAAUAAAAAAGUUUGUAACUUGACAAAAAAAAGCAAAUAGUAACGAGAUAUAUUGAGGGGGCCGAACGACAACAACAACAAUUUUAUUUUCAUUAACUAAAGACGUACCCGACGCUGGCCCCCGAACUACAACCACCAUUAUUGAUUGAUUAUUUAUACAAAUGUCAUCUUAUUGGGUAUAAGGAAAUACGUUUAUUAAUUAUCUGUAAAAGUUACUUUGGGUUAAAUAAAGGAUCAAAAAUUA